GGUUACAAUUCCCGUAUAAUGCUCAUUUACAUUCUAGGUAGGUACGUGGUGAUAUGAAGCCGUGGAAAUAGCCGGCAAAACUGCUUAGGAUUAUGUUGAAAAUGCUGGGAGAGAAAAAGCAAUUAAUCGUGAAAAGAGACCUUUACACUGACCCCACAUUUCCAGCCAGUGAUACCUCUAUAUUUUUUGAUUAUUGUACCCCGCUUGCUCAAUUCAGAGGCGAGAUAUCUUGGUUGAGACCUAAGGACAUUUGUUCUACUCCUCGGUUAUUUUCAAGCAAUCCCCAGGAUGUGCAAGUGAAACAAGGAAUUUUGGGAGACUGUUGGUUCCUGUGUGCCUGUGUAGCUUUGCAGAAGAGUAAAUACCUACUGAAUAAGGUAAUACCUCCAGGUCAGCCCAGCUGGACAGAUGAGUCAUACCAAGGCUGUUUCACUUGUCGAGUCUGGCAGUUUGGACACUGGGUGGAUGUAACUAUCGACGAUCGCUUGCCUUGCCUUGGUGGUAAACUCUGCUUUUCCCAGUGCCAGAUGGAGGAUUUAUUUUGGCUUCCACUAUUGGAAAAAGCUUACGCAAAAGUGCAUGGAUCUUAUGAACAGUUGUGGGCAGGACAGGUGGCAGAUGCUUUGGUUGAUCUGACUGGAGGAAUUGCUGAAAGGUGGACCCUGAAAGGCCCUGAAAGAAACAUAGAGAAAGAGAAGACUGGCAUGGUUUUGGAGAAAGUGGUGUUUAGAAGAUUAAUGAAUCUGAAGGAACAGUGUGUAAUAAGCUGCUCAGUCCUCAAUUCCAGACAAGGUGCAAGUGAACUAGGAGAAUUUCAUGCCUUUAUUGUGAUAGACAUGUUGAAUCUAUCCGAAGUGUCAGGCAAGGAAAUUUUCCUGCUACGAAUACGGAAUCCUUGGGGGAGGCGGUGCUGGAGAGGUCCCUGGUGUGAGGGUGGUCAAGGAUGGAGCCAGCUAGAUCCAGCGGUCGCCUCGGAACUGCUUUCUCAGAUCCAAGAGGGAGAGUUCUGGGUGGAUGAAGAAGAAUUUUUCAGGGAAUUUGAUGAGAUUACCAUGGGCUUUCCAGUCAAUGAGGAAGGACAACUUCAGAGCCUCUAUACAGAGAAAGUGCUGUAUUACUCGCAGAAUCUUUUUGGAUCCUGGGUGAGAGGCCAGUCUGCAGGUGGCUGCCGUAACAACAGCAGCUUCCCUACCAACCCGAAGUUCUGGCUGAGAGUCUGUGAAAAGAGUGAGGUGUGCAUUGCUCUGCUCCAGAAGCGUAGGAAAUACAGUGCUGACUGGGCCGGAAGAAUUCAAAAUCUGACUCACUUAGCAGAGGAAAAUCUAUCUUUGACUGAAGGUGUACAGGGGAAGAAUUAUCAGGCUGUGGGAUUGCAUGUCUGGAAGGUGGAGAAGAAACGAUUUAACCUUCCAAAGACCCUCUCUGCUCCUCCAGUUGUAGGUACCAUCUGCCAUUCCUAUGAUAGAGAAGUGCACGUGUGCUGUGACCUUUUGCCUGGGUUUUAUCUUGUUGUUCCCAGCACUUUCCUGAAAGAUGCAGUAGGGAAUUUCUUGCUCCGUGUAUUUUCAACGGGAAGGAUCUCUCUCAGUGAGCUAAAACCACCACCCGUAGAUGCUGCCCUCUGUGAAGAACUCCCAGCAGGUGAAUGGGAGACAACGCAGCUGCAUGGAUGCUGGAAAAAUGGGCAAAGUGCUGGAGGUAGCAGGAACUUCCCCUCCUUCCAUAUCAAUCCGUGCUUUCCCCUCUCCAUUCCUGCAGGACUAGGAAAAAGCAGUGUGAAAGUUACCCUCCGUCAGCACUGCCAAGAUAGCAAGUGUCGUCCAAUAGGUUUCCAUAUUUUCCAGGUGCCUAGCAGCAGCUGGAAACCACAUACUUCCUCAUUUCUACACUUGGAGCCACUGGUUAGCUGUGUACCUCAUUGCUAUUCCCAGGAAGUAAGCCAACUUUGCCGACUUCCUGCAGGAAGUUAUGUAAUUAUACCUUCCACGUACUUGCCCAAUACAGAAGGCAAUUUUACGGUGGUCAUAGCAACCAAAAUAGAUAGGAAGCGCAUUCACAGCCGGGAGACACUUGGACAAGUAUUGCAAGAAAUUUCAUUUACAACUGUGAUGAAAAGGUAAUCUAGGAUUCUCACACUGUCAUUUCGAGAAACAUCAGAAAGCCGAGGAAUGCCUCACUUCUUGCU